CCUACCUCUCCCUCUUUCGUUUCUGUCGAUCAGAUCAGAUCUGCUUCCGCUUCUCCCUUCUCCUUCUUCCCUCUCCCCCAUACCCCCAAACCUCUCGCGCUCGCUAAGGGUUUUCGGUACCCCCUUCCCCCACCCGCGCUUCCUCCUGCGACUCCUCCUCGCCCAUGGCCUCCGGAGCCCUAGAGGCCGCGGAGCCCCAAGGGGCGGCGGCUCCUCCCCCCAUCGAGGGCAAGGAGGAGCUCCCCGAGAAAUCAGAGGUGGAGGAGGCAGAUCAAGAGGACCGAGAGAUCGCCGCUCCGGAGGAGGAGGAGGAGGAGGAGGAGGCCGAGGCUUCCGACGAGGAGGCCGAGGCUUCCGACGAGGAGGCCUCGGCCAAAGAUGACGACGGGGACGACGCCCCGAAAGAGAAGGAGAGCGAGGAGAAUCCGAAAGGAGGGAGCUCCGUGGAGAAACAGGGGGUGCCCAAGAGGAGGAGGAAAUCGAGUGCGGCGAAGAAAGAUCCGGCGACGCCCGGAAUCGAGCGGUAUUCCGCUCCUGCCCUCGUCAGGACGCCCUCCAGCAAGGGCUUCUCCAUCGAAAAGGGUCGUGGUAUACGACUUAAGGACAUUCCCAAUGGUAUGUUUCCAGCUUUAAUUGUUUCCUCAUGGUUUACAGUGGGUUGAUGACCAUAGCCUAUUGCAUUCGUGUAUGAUUGGUUUCUUAUGUCUUUUUUUUUGCUAGACUAUAAUUGGUUAUAGGUUUCCAGUUGGAUCCAAUUGUUAACAAGGCUGCUUUAUACUUGUGAUGUGUUCUUAUAAAAUCAGAGUUUUGAGGUUUUAAAUCAGCUUGCGGUUGCAGUAGUUGUGGAUCCCAUUUAGAGUGUCAAAGGGAAGGUGGUGAUUGAUGCCUUCCGUUUGAUCAACCCACAAACCAUGAUGCUUGGCCAAGAACCCAGGCAAACAACCUCCAACCUUGGACAUCUCAACAAACCGUCCAUCCAAUUUCACUCAAAGAGUGUUGCGACUUGUCAUGGGAGAUAGAUUUUCGAGAAUUUCAGGGGAAUAACAGAAGAUUAUUUCUUUCUUCAGAAGGAGAUAUGCUCAUUUUACUGUAAACUUUUGUUAGCGCGAAUCCAGGUGCCCCACGGUAAUCAUAUAUCAGGACAAGUUCGUUUAACAAAUACUCCCUCUGUGGAGAUUAAUGGCAAUCACUUCCUUCAAGAGGUUACUAGAAGCAGAAGACCAGUGUAUGAUUUGGACUAGAGGAACUGUCUUGGUAUGUCAAAUCUGGGGACUUCACCUGCAACCAUUGACAUGAAGCUUUUGACAUGGAGAAGGUUAGAAGGUUUGGCUGCUAGACUUGGUGGGGCCAAGAACAUAUUCUGUGAACUUUUUUCUGAUAACAAGGUUGAGAACACCUUUUGGUUGGAUAGUUCCUCAAUUGAGAAGGUCUGUCUUGAAGAGGAAGAAUGUACCUUUCAGUUUGGUUCUUUGUUUAUGUCAUUCUUGUGGAAAAUGUAGAUGAAUGUAUUUCAUUUUCAUAUUAUUAUAAUAUUUUGAUGUUAUUAAGUGUUUAA